CCACGACACGCCGCCCCACUUUACCCCAAGGGCUACUUUCUAUAGCUAGCCGAAGGCUACGAGAGUGCAGUCGCAGGAAUCUGCAACAAGAGGUGUCUUCAUUGGACGAAACCUCCCGAGAAGGUGUUAACUCUCCGACAGAUGGUGACUUUGCUCGUGGGCACCACGCUAGCCCUUGCAGCCGGCGUCGCUGCUGGGAUACCGCUGCGGAACGACCUGGGUAACAUGUCCAUGGCUAUCGAUACCUCGUCCAGCCUUGCCCGGCGCUACUUCAACCAGGGCCUGCGCUUCACGUCCACCUUCAAGUUCGACUACGCCGCCGAGAGCCAGCUCGCCGCCCUCGACGAGGACCCGGCGUGCGCCAUGUGCGAGUGGGGCCUCGCCCUGGCCUACGGCCAGAACCUCAACGACGCGCUGGUGAUGUCCCUCGAGCCCUGGUUCCUUGCCAACGAGCCGCUCGCGUUUCAGGCUGUGCAGCGAGCGAAGGCGCUGCUUCUCUCGGCGGAGAGCGAGGCCGAAAGAAGCAGAGGCGGAGAAGAAGGGGGGGAAGAGGAGGAGGAGGAGGAGGAGGACGCGGGUGCUGCUACGUCGGCGCACGGUUCGGGGGACGAGGAGGAUGCACCGGAUAGCAGACGAGGGGGGGGCGAAAGUUCUACGCGGCCGUCUCCUUCUUCUUCGACGGCAAUGCGUAGACGAGACCUGGCGCUGGUGUCCGCCCUCUCUCUCAAGUUUGUCGCCACCCUUGAGGAGUACGAGUCCCACUUCGUCGACGGUCUCCCGGCAUCGCUCAACCAGGCCUACGCGGAGGCCAUGGCGGAUGCCGCUGCCCGGUCGGAGGAGGAGGGGUGGCCCGACCACCCCAUCGUCCUUCUUCUUGCCGCGGACGCGUGGAUGAACAUCUCGCCCUGGGACUACUGGGAAACCCCUUCGGUGAUGAGGCCCAACGCGAGGAAGGCGAGGACCCUGCUGGAAGACGCCAUGCUCCUCGACCCCGACAACCCCUGGGCGAUCCACUUCUACACCCACCUCAUGGAGGUCGGAGCAGAGGCAGGAGCCGCCGUCGCCCCGGCGCAGCGCCUGGAGUACCUGGUCCCCGGAGCGCCGCACCUCCAGCACAUGCAGUCCCACGUGGAGUUUCGCACCGGCCGGUGGCACGAUGCAAGCGAGGCGAACUUGCGGGCCGUUGCCCUCCCAGAUUCGGACGCCAGCUACCCGGAUCACAACAUGGACAUGCUCAUGUGGGCUUUGGGGGUGGAGGGCAGGCGGACGGAAUCCGGGAACAUCGGGCGACGGCUGACCGCGUACUCGACCGCUCGUGUGCUAGCCGGUGUGGCGGCGCCUCUCAUACCGCCGGAGAGGUUCCUGGCGCAGGAGCCGCUGCACCUCUGCGCCUUCGCGGACUGGGAAGGAGUCCUCGCUCUCGCGCCCCCGCCCGACAGGGCAGAGUUUCCCGUUGCUGCUUACCACUUCGCCCGGAGUUUUGCUUUCGCCAACGCCAAGGACUGGGACAGCUACCGACGAGAACAAGGUCUCAUUACCGCCGGCGUGGAGAUAAUGGAAAGCAGGACUGAGUACUACGGCGUGUACAAUGCGGCUGAGCUGACCAGGAUCCUGGACCUGCUUUCCCGGGCCGAAGGGUUGCGCGGCGGCAUCCACGGCACCUCCGCCGGUACAACACCCGGCGACGUCGCCACCGGUGCGACCCCCCCCGGCGCUGCCGCCGCCGGACCCGAAGAGCUGGAACUCCUGCGGCAGGCGGUGGAAAUGCAGGACGCGCUGGGCUACGACGAGCCGCCGCAGCUGCCGGUGCCGACGAGGCUCUUCCUCGCCGCGGCCCUGCUUCGCGGGGUAGACAGCGGCGUCGGCGGCGUCGGCAUCGAGGGGGGAGUCGACGGCAGCGGCGGCGGCGAUGGCGACACCGCGACCGCAACGGCACCGGUAUCAGUGGCAGCACCACCAACGCUCACGACACCGACCACCACGGCAGCGGCAGCGGUGGCGGUGGAAGAGGCGGAGGCCGUCCUCCUAGAGGUUGACGCCGAGUACCCGGGCAUGGGCCGGACGCUGCUGGGCCUCUGGCGGUGCCGCGAGGCGCUGGGGAAGCACGACGAGGCCCUUGCCCUUCGGGAGCGGUUCCUCGCCAGCUGGGGACCCUACUCAGAGGUUUGGCUCGAGGACAGCGCGCACGUCGGCGGGGUUCUUGGAGGAGGGGACGGCGGCGGCGGCGGCAGCGGCGGGGGGGGCCCUGUGGUCGGGGCAGGUUUGGACGAGGAGGGAGGGCUCCACCACCACGCUCCUCAGGGCGUCGAUGGCAAGGACUAUCACGUCCUCGCAGGGUUGACAGUCGCGGCCGCGGCGCUGUCGCUCUCCGCCUUUCUCCUGGCGGCCGCGAGGCGGAGGAGCGGUGGGGGUUGCGGGGGAGGCGUGUUUCGUGCGCUGCUGCCGCGGGGGCCUGGGGGCUCAGGGGCGGGAGCGGAGGCGGUGUCCAUCGUGGUGCCAGGCGGCGGUCAGGGUCGGCGAGGGAGAGGGAGGAGUGACAAAGGCAACGGCACCGGAGGGCACGGGUACCGCGCCAUCGGAGAGGGAAGCGGCGAUGAUGGCUCGGUUGUGCAAAUCGACGGCGGAAUCUUGUAGAGACGAUGCGGGCGGAGGGUUCGUGGGUGAACAACGCCUAGAGCGAGAAAAGCCUGUGGCAUGGAGGGAGAGGGUGCUCACCCCGGGCACCGUGUCCCGUCUGUCGGCUCUUUGUUGCUGCUGCGUCAGGCCGGGGGCUGGGGGCGAGCGGGGGGGGCGCACACACCGGCGGAAUGAUUGUUGUGUAAUUUCGUGGGCGUGUGUAUCGAAAAUUUUCUUCGGACGUGUGAAGCUCGCAACCCGCUGCACCACUGUGUUGCCUCCCUCCUGUAGACUGUAUGAUAGGAACCAUAAGACUAGUAGGUGUGCCAAUGGUGUGUGAGACCGUUGUGUAGUGUUAUAAAGGGACACCAAACUAGAUUGCUGCGCCCCCUUUUCUUCAGAGCGUUGGCAUGCAUGUCUCGCCAAACCACUAGCCACCACUAUGGCUUUUGCAGAAAAAACAGGACGCUGCCGGCCACCCGCUCCUUUGCUGCCCCGAUAGCUAGCGAUGGAAGAAAAGCUGUCCCACCGCGUGUGCACUGUGUAUCUGUGUGUAGACGACCCCGUGUGCGCGGUGUGUAGGCGACAGUAAGUUGUUACGACGAGAUCGACGAUGGGUCGAUGCGAAGGGUGUUUGUUCUGCGGCGAGAAAAAAAAACCCAAGAGGUCAAGGACACUCGUUUGCUUCAGAAAGCUGUUGCUUGCGGCGAGUGGUACAGGGGGUCUCGAUCUACGUCCCCGCGUGUUGCUUAUGAUUUGGUCGGAAGGGCACGCCAGUUCCAGGCAGCUCAACCUCAGGAAAACUCUUUCCAAGUCGUUGUGGCUUUUCGCUCCAGCAGAGGGGGCGGUGGUGGGGCGCCUCUGCUCCUGAUGCUUUCCGGUGCUUCGCCUUCAGUCACCAAUUUUUUUUUUUCUUUGUAGCUUGCAGCUUCUCUUUCGAAGGAUUUUCGACGAAUGAAUGAAAAUGCGCGAAACACCCGACCGACCGGCUGACGGCAUUGGCGGACCGGGACCGGAUGGCGGGGGCACGGUGGUACCUCCCAACAAGCCGAAGAUCUCACUCCCUUCGCAACACGUUCAAGUCUAAAAAUCGAC